ACCAGCCUUACGAUAGCCUAGCAUAGGCACGAAAACACACUUUACGCUUGGAUCCGACGGUAUUAAACCUUUAUAUCGAUUGCUCUAGUCUUAUUUGAGUCAGAAUUUUGAUCAUUCGCCAAAAUGACAUCACAAAACAUCAACGUUCUUCUCUCUUCGUUCCCUGGACUGUCGCUUCCCUCGACACUGUCAUUUUCGCUUCCGGCUUCGUCAAGUAUCGCAGAUCUUACGGAGAGGAUUGCCGAGUAUUUGCCUGAAUCUUUAUCCUUCAACUCGUUGAUCCUUACGACUACUCGCAAUAAACAACUUAUCCCUUCGUCAGCCUCCAUUUUGCCUCUACUGGAUGCCCCCAAUGAGUCGAAUUCCGCGCCCUCCAACCUGUUGCCCCUGCGACUUACAGUCCCCUUGUGCGGAGGAAAAGGUGGUUUCGGGUCCCAGCUGCGUGCUGCUGGUGGUCGCAUGUCUAGCAAGCGCAAGCGCAAUCAAGGCGAAAACAAUGGCUCGAGCCGUAAUCUUGACGGCCGGCGUCUGCGUACCGUCAACGAAGCUAAAGCGCUAGCUGAGUAUCUGGCUGUCAAGCCAGAAAUGGACAGAAAGGAGAAAGAGGAGCGCCGGCGCCGGUGGGAAGCCAUCGUCGACGCUGCGGAGAAACGUCAGGACGAGCUGAAGAAUGGAGGUAGCAAGUCCAAGAUCGAUGGGCAGUGGAUGGAAGACAAGGAUGAAAUGAACGAGAAAGCAAGGGAGGCUGUCCUUCUUGCGAUGAAGGAAGGUGUCUGGACGGACAAUCUCCGUGAUGCAAUCCUCGGGGGAUCUAGUACCAGUGCUAGUGAAGGCAGUGCGGAUGCGACCCCUUCAGGUUCAGAAGAAGAGAGCGAAGAUGAGGAAGAAGAUGACGCCAUGCAGGAUGAUUCCGGCACCUCGUCCGCCACGCAGAAGCCAGCUGUAACCCGGAGAUUCAUCGGUUUCGACGAUGAUGAUGAGUUCAUGAGUGAUUCCGAGGCAGGGGAUGGCGACGAUGCUGAUGAAAGCCAGUCUAAAGGGAAGGCGAGGGCUUAAUGAUUUUGAAUCAGUAUUCCUACUUGAUACUUUUUGUACUUUCAGCGCUCUGUAUCUUCUCUUUUUGAUUUCAUCCAUAAUGUAUAGUUAAGUACUCCACUAUGAGAAAUUGGAGACAAUUUAUUUACAACAGAGUGCCUAUAAUACGCCUUCUAUGUUUAGACUAUAUAUCGGCAUUAUAAGCAGCAUAAAGAUAG